AUGAUUGAAAACGCGGUCCAGCCCUCCUCUGCUGCCGGACAUGCUUUUGUCCUCCUGCCUCACUCACCUGAUGUUGCAGUAAUACAGAUGGAUCAUCGUAGAGAGACAGAAAUGGAGUUACGAAGGUCCUCCAGCCCCGGCAAACUAAGCAAGAAUGACAUGGAUACUGACAAGACCAUGUGCCACAGCUGCUGCAUCUGCGGUAAAAGUUUCCCUUUUCAGAGCUCCUUGUCGCAGCACAUGAGGAAGCACACGGGCGAGAAGCCCUACAAAUGCCCUUACUGUGAUCACAGAGCUUCCCAAAAGGGCAACCUGAAGAUCCACAUCCGUAGUCACAGAACAGGCACUUUAAGUCAGGGACAUGAGGUGGAGGUGGGAGAGGCGCAGCUGGGGGAGAUGGGUGUUUCGGAGGGCCUUGGUGGGUGCACCAGCCCCACUAAAAGUACGUCUGCCUGCAACAAGAUCUUGAACGGUACCGCUCAGGUAGAUAGCAGCAAGAUCUUGUUGAGAAGCAGCAAGAAGGAGGUCAUAGAGGUGGUGCCAGCUGAGGAGGAUGGCAAGCUGACCUCUUACCAGUGCACCUUCUGCAAAAACAAAUUUGAAAGGAAGAAGGACUUGGAGCAGCACCUGCACCAGGUCCAUAAACCGUUCAAGUGCAGGUUGUGUAGCUAUAUGACCCUAAGGGAGGAGACACUGUUAAACCAUGUAGAGAAGGACCAUAUAACAGCUCAGGUCCCAAAUGGGGAGGCCUAUGCUGAGAACUGCAAGAGCGAGAUGAAUGCGGGAGAGUUUCCGUGCGAAGUCUGCGGUCAGACCUUUAGUCAAACCUGGUUCCUGAAAGCUCACAUGAAGAAACACAGGGGGUCAUUUGAUCACGGGUGCCACAUUUGUGGCAGGAGAUUCAAAGAGCCCUGGUUUCUCAAAAACCACAUGAAGUCGCACGGUCCCAAGGCCGGGAGCAAAAACAGACCAAAAAAUGAUUUGGAGCUCAUAGCCACUAUCAAUGAUGUGAUACAGGAGGAGAUGAUUGUGACGGGCCUGUCUCUGUAUGAAGUUUGCACCAAGUGUGGAAAUCUGUUUACAAAUAUGGAAAGCCUGAAAGCGCAUAAUGCUGUUCACUACCGGGUGCAGCAGGCCAGCGCUGGAGGUAAAGCCGAGGGCUUAAGUGAAGGGAGCCUAAGCUCUUCAGUAACGAAGCAGUUUUUCUUGCAGUGUCUCAAUCUAAGGCCAUCUGUAGGGCUGGAUAGAGUUACAAGAGGACAGCCUGGGAAACGAGUAGCCGAGCUGGAUCCGGUCAGUAGCUACCAAGCUUGGCAGCUGGCCACCAAAGGAAAAGUAGUAGAGCCCUCGGAGUAUGUGAAGUAUGUAGGAUGGGACGAGGCCCUGGCUGAUGCAGACGUGACUUACGACAAGGAUAAGAGAGAGUAUAUCCUCGUCAACCAGGAGAAGCGCAAGCGAGACCAGGACUUGCCCAGCUCUUCCAGCAACCCCAAGAAGAAGAGCUGCACCAGUGGGCGCCUGGAGAAAACCAGCAGUGCUGCGCCAGGGGAGAGCUGUCCUCUCGCCCAGGGGGACCUGGACUACCGCCCUGCCUCACGGCAGAGCCGGCGGGCCAACCAGAACAAGUCCACCGAGUGCUUUGAGUGCGGCAAGAUCUUCCGCACCUACCACCAAAUGGUGCUACACUCCCGGGUGCACCGCAAGGAGCGGAGGAGCUGCAGCGAGGGCGGGACGGCUGCCCAGCCUGACCGCUAUGGCUCCAGCGGCGAGGAAGGGGACUCGGGGUCCGUCAGUGGGCCCAGCACCCCUGGCUCUGCAUCUGCCCCGGAGGAUUCGGCCACCUCUGGCCUUGGGGAGGAGGGAGCCGAGGAGAGCUCGGAGGAGGGAGUAGCCAACCCCGCACUAG